UGCCGCGGGGAGCCCGGGGAGGGAGCGGAGCGGCCGCGCAGCAUGAGGCGGGCCCGCUGCCUCUGCCAGAUCUGCACCUGCGGGCGCCACCGCUGCCCUCAUCAACCCACAAGGAUUUACGAGAAUGGACAACAGCCAUUCCUCACGACUGAGUAUGUGGAAAAAUAUCCUAAGUACAGCAACAUCUCUCCUCCCCGGAGCCUUAAGCCGAAACAAGAGUACCAAGUGCAUCGUGGGAAGAUGGAAGGGAUUACAACAUUUAAAUCUGAUUACUUGCCAUAUGAUAUUGUGAAGCGACCUUUUCGGGUACCAGAAGAAUAUAAACCAAAGACAGGAGAGAUAGAUCUGGGAACCACAUACCAGAAAGACUAUAGUGUUCAUAAAAUACAACCAGUGGUAUUAAUAAGACCUCUAGAGAGAAAACACACUUCAGGAGGAAAAUUGGAUACUAUACCAACCUACCAAGAUGACUAUAGGACAUGGGAAGUUCAAAGAAGGGAACGUAGUACGGUGGAGCAUGUAUACCACCCACCUACAGUGAAGUUUGGAAAUUCUACUACGUUUCAAGAUGACUUUGUUCCUAGGGAACUGAAUCCCAGGCAAAGUUUCAAACCUCCCUGUGUGGCCAAGCUUUCAGAUGGACCUUUCAAUGGCACUACCAGCCACCGCACCUCUUACAUUGCUCAUCCACUGGAACCAAAAUUUGUCAGGUCAAAAGAAGAGUACAAGCCAAGCAACCAACCCUUUCAAGAUCUCACUACCCACCGGAAUGAUUUUAAAGGGCUACCUGGGCAACUUGCAAAAAGCUGCAAGCCUGAAAAUGCAAAAGUUGGAUCCAAUGCUCGUUUUAAUGGAGUCACUGAAUUCCAGGAUCGUUUUCAGCCAUGGUUGGUCUCCUUGCCUGAGCUCCGCAAAACAGAAGAGUAUGUUCCACCCCCAGGAAACAUGGAUUUUAACUCCACAAGCCAUCUUGAUUAUGUUAAGCAUGAGAUUUCUCCUGCUGUCCCAAUAAGACCAGCUUCUAAUAGCAGAAGAACCAACGCCCCUUUUCAAGGGAUUACUACUACGAGGGAAGACUUUAAAGCCUGGGGCAGCUGUCGGCAAGAGAUUACUAAGAAACAGGAGGAAAUUCCAAAACCCACAGGAAAAUUUUAUGAUUUAACUACAUUCAGAUCUCAUUACAUACCACAUCAGAUCAUUCCAGCUCAUAGCUUCAAACCUGUACAUGCCAUGGUUACCAAUUCAGUUCCUUUUCAAGGUGAAACGAUGUAUAGCACAGAAUACACGCCAAAGAAACAAGAGAUCUGCCCAGCAAAUUACCCAUCUCCUCCAGGUUACAUCUAUCUAAGCACAGAUCCUCAUGGUCACAAAUUCUUCCGCCAGCUUACUCCAGAAUUUUCCGAGUCAAAUAGUAAUCCCAUUCCAAAGGAGGUAGCUGUUGUGUCAUAAUAUUUAAUGCAGCGUUUCAAGCACCCUGGUGAAAUAAUUCAAAUCCUAAUUGUUUGUUUUUCUUUAAAUAUCAAUGAUAGCAAAUUAAAUCAUGCAAAUUCUGAUUUUUAAAAGCAUUUAAACUAAUAGCUUGAAGAAAAUCAAAGUAAAACCAGGAGUGUAUUAAAAUGCUAUAAAAGAUUUGCCAAUUUUUCUAGGAAUAGUGCAUCUGACAUGGCAUCUAUUAUUUUUUUUGGAUUGUGCAUUCUUGUUUCCUUGACUUUUUGAUACUGAAUUUGAUUCAAAAUAACUAGAUCAUCAGUGUAGUUUUUCUUCUCAUCAAUUCUUUGAGGAAUCUGAGAAGAAUAUUUUUUCUUUACAUUUUGCUGUCCAAAUAAUAAGAUAGCAGCCCAUGACAUCAUGUGAUUUCUAAAAACCUGGUUUUAGCUUUAGUCAUCAUUACUUUUCCUUCAUUCAGUUCUGAGGUGAGUAUAAGGGUCACACUGUGACUUCUAAUAGCAAUUAACCAGAAGGAACCUUUUUCUUUCUCUGUGCACAUACUUGAAAUUCCUCACACAUAAAAAAGCAGGUAGUUAGACUCUGUUGCCUAAUUUCCAUGAUAGUGCAUUUCAGCCUCACUUCCCAAGAAAACAAAGCUGAUGCAAAGCUUUGGGGACACUGACACUCUAAGUGUGUGUUCUCCCCAUAGGAAUAAUUUUUAAAUCCAGUGUGCAAAUUCAAUCAAAUUUCACACAGAGAUUUUGCAGAUUAUUGGUUUUCAAGUCGCUGAGGUAGAUGGUGAGGAAGCAGAGGAUGAGGCUCAAAACCAUCUAUCCACCACAGUUUUUGAUCCUGCUACCUAAUUUUUAGAGCUAACAGCCUGUUAUC